AUGGGCUCAAAGUACCCAAAGUCCUUCAGGAUAUCCCUGCCUUUAUGGGCCGUGAUAUUGGAAAUAGUUUUUAUUCUGGUUUUCUUCUUUUUUACAACUUAUGAAAUACCUUCCAAGAAGUCUGAUCUUCUGAAGACAUAUCCAGCCUUCCAGGAUAUCAAUGUCAUGCUGGUGCUGGGCUUGGCCUUCCUCAAGGCCUCCUUGUGGAGAUACACGUGGAGCAGUGUGGCCUUCAACCUCUUCACCCUGGCCCUUGGGGUGCAGUGGGCCGUCAUCCUGGAUGGCUUCCUCUUCUAUUUAUCCAGAUGGAGGUUUGCCAUCAACAUUCACAGAAUCAUAAAGGGUACCAUGAGUACUAUGACUGUCCUCAUCUCGUCAGGGGCCACCCUAGGGAAAAUCAACUUGGUCCAACUGAUAGUAAUGACCUUGCUGGAAGUAACAGCAUUCCAAGGAACCAAGAAGCUCAUGCAAGAACUCCUUAAGGUGGAUGAACACCAGAGCCUGAUGCAAAUCCAUAUAUUUGGAGCCUACUUUGGCGUGGCUGCAGCCUGGUACCUCUCAGAGUCAGAGUCGAAUACGGCUAAGGAGAAGGAAAAGAGAGCUGUGGCUUCCAAUCUGUUUACCGCUCUGGGUACCCUUUUCUUAUGGAUCUUCUGGCCAACCUUCAAUUCUGCCCUAUUACACAAUCCUGGUGAGAAGGAAACUGCUGUAUACAACACUUAUUAUGCCCUUGCUGUCAGCGCAGUGACUGCCAUGUCGUUUUCAGCUGCCACUCACUCUAAUGGGAAAAUCAGUAUGACCCAUGUCCACAGAGCAACACUGGCCGGAGGGGUUGUUGUUGGGGUCAGCACCAUCCUCAUCAAAUCGCCUUGGAUUGCCAUGGCGCUGGGGUUUUCUGCAGGCACGAUUGCAGUAAUAGGAGACAAGUAUUUGCCGGGAUGCUUUAACCAGGUCAUCAGGCUUCAUGACACCUGUGGAGUUCAUUCCACCUUCGGAUUGCCCGCACUGCUGGGAGGGCUGAUCUACAUUCUCUUGGUGGCUAGGCCCACUGGCUGGACCAACCUGUCCUUGAUUGGCAACAAGAUUCUGAUUUCAGCCGGCUCUCUGAGCCUGCCCAUGGCCAUGGGGCUGGUAGGGGGUGUCCUGACAGGUUUAAUUUUAAGUUUCAACAUAUGGAAGGCACCACAUGAAGCAAAAUACUUUGAUGACCAGGCUUUUUGGGAGUUUCCCCACUUGGCUGUUGGAUUUUAAGCUGAAGGACUCAAAAAAUGGAAGGCCAGUUUGGAGCUAAAGCAAACCAC